AUGAUAGCUAUUCGCAGUCCUCUAGCUCUGGUCACUGCCACCACACCAAACUACACACCAACCAUCCGCACCUUCAGCAACACACCCGCCACAUUCAAAAAAGGUGGCAAAGCAGCACGCGAAGCCUCACGCGCCGAAUCGUCCUCCUCUUCCUCUUCCUCAGCAGCAACAGCGGGCUCAGAAGAUCCAUUCGACUUUAGCGCUUUAGAGUCAGACAUCAGCGAUGCGGUCGAGAAACUCAAAAGCGAUCUCUCACAAUUGAGACAGGGAGGACGAUUCAACCCACAAGUACUCGAGAGUUUGCGCGUGCAGCUGAAACAAGGUGGGCCCGUGAAACUUGGGGAUCUGGCACAAGUGGUUCCCAAAGGAAGAGUUGUGCAGGUUGUGGUUGGCGAGCAGGAGCAUCUCAAACCCGUCACCUCAAGCAUCCAAUCCGCAAACCUAAAUCUCACUCCCCAAGCCGACCCUACCGGUCAAAAUCCUCUCCUGCUCAACAUCCCCAUCCCUCCACCUACCGCCGAGUCGCGCAAACAAGCUGUUGCAGCAGCAGCAAAAGCAGGAGAUGUCGCAAGCAACUCGGUCAGAAAUGCUAGACAAGGACAACAGAAGAAACUGAGGGCGAUGCAAUUGUCAAAGUCCGCAAGACCGGAUGACUUGAAGAAGGCAGGCACACAAAUGGAGAAGGUUGUUGAGAAGGGUGUGCAAGAGGUCAAGAAGAUUGUAGAUGCGGCUAAAAAGGCUUUGGAUGCUUAG